ACAUAGUAGUCCUCCCAUGUUAUAUAUUGCAACGCAAGUUGCGUAGAAACGUCAUACACGAAGAAUGAAAAUAAGUGUGGAGGCGUUUGGGCUGCCCACCCGACUAAACUUUGGCUCAGAGGAUCGGUUACGGAUUUCUAUACGCCUCUAGGGAUUUCUGAAGCCUGGUGUGAGAAAUUACUUAGGGAAGAAGGCCUUUAUGAUUAUGGCGAAUUAACUCUCUUACCCUUAGGUAAAGCCCUAUCUAUUCGAUCAACCCGUGGGGAUGAGGGUGAGAAGAGUAUCCGUAGUAUCUUAUAACGAAUUUGGAGUAAUACUGUAAUCUUGCAAAAGGUCGGGGGCAGUUCCACAAGCAGGUACACGGCCUGUUGUGUGAUAAUCGUACCUCCAAACGCUUUCAAAAUUAUUUCUUGCUAAUCUUCUUAUGCCCUUAAAGGAACUCAGUCGAAUGGCAUUUUGAUUUCUUUGAGCCACGUACAAGAAACCUGAAAAUAGUAGUGUACAAGAUUGAAAAAAAAAAAACAAAGAAUAAAGCAUGUAGGAACAAGGAUGGAUAAAAAUCGAGAGUAUUAACACGAAUCAAGAACGACGAACUUAAAAAAUUAAGGCUACAUUUUCCAAGUCCUUCAAAACUAAAACAUACAGAGAUUAACAAUUGCCAAUCUCACCCCUGCACUUCAAACUUAUCAAUUUUUCAGUCCGUUCUUUUUUUGUUAAUAUCGUUGAAAAUUAUAAAUUUUCCUUCCUUACAAGGAAUCACUUUCCAAGGAACCAAUAACAUGUACCAAGGGCAGCCAUGCCACAGAGGUCACCUGUACCCAGCUAUGACUGCCUCAGGUAACCCGGCGAAUGCCGCGAACAGCGUUCGUUCCACGUAUCAGUACACAAAUGCCGUGCCCCAGUGUGCUCCUUUUAACACCGGACUGUGGAGCAAUUUUGAAGGAAGGAUUCGAAACUAUGCAGUGCAGACAUGCAUACCGGGGAACGGUGAAUUGUUUCUUGUAACAGGGAGUUCAUUCGCUGCUUUUCAAAACACUCCUCCACAACCAGUUCCAGCUCCGAUUACCCAAUUGGUUAAUGGAGGCAUAGAUAGACCUAAUUUAUUGUGGACUGCGGGCACGUGUUUAUACCCAGGUGGCCAGUGCGAUUCCUUUGCCGUGAUUGGAAACAACGUCCCUGCAUCGCUUACACAGGAAAUUACCCAAGCACAGCUGAACGUUAUUCUUCAGUUUGACGUCCAAACUAAUGGCCUCAAACGGUACAGAACGGGGGGAAGGGUCAAGCUGUUUCCAGGAGCAGCUAGAAGUUGCUCAAAUGUACAACUUCCCAGUGAGGAGUAUCCCCCUACAGGAAAAUCCGGCAAAGACAAAAAGCACCCCUAGCUCAAAGUACCCUAGCCCAAAGCGACCGAGCUCAAAACCAAGCUCAAGAUUCGGAUAAACGUGGAAG